AUGUACGCUUUACCGGACGAAAUUAGCGUAACACCGGAGGCUGGUUCCCUUGCGUCAGAUAUGGUCUCGCUUGGCGCUGACUACAGCGACAUGACCUCGAUGCCCUGGCCUGAUCGUUCUGCCCUAAGCCUGAAUUACGUCCUCCCUGCUCCUCCUCCGCGUGAUGACGAGUCUCCUCCUGUCUUCGGACCUAGGGUUCCAGGUGGGCUUGCGGAUAUCACCAACGGGCAGGGGGCUAGAGUGGAUUCCGUAUCCGCCGAGGAUGGUUCUGACGAGGCGGGUUUGGUGAGGAAGAGGGGUUUGGAACAGUCGACUGCCAGUGAAGGUCGGGGGAAGCGAGCUCGCAGAGGGAAUCGCGAGGCGAAGUCGUGGGUGGCAGAUAUGGCCUCGUCGUGGAAGAGCAGAUCUGGAUCUUCAGCGUGGGUUCGGUGUGUGGACUCCUGGGAGGAGUUUGAGAGGGACAAGGUGGUGGAGAGUCGUCUUCCGAAUUCGAAAUCACGUCCGGCAGAGGUUAGCCGCUGGGUGACUUCGGGCAGGAAGAUGGGGGUUGCCCCUCCGAUUGACGACAUCGACGACUUCGGGAAGCGAUGGGUGGCCUGGUGGUCGAGUAUGCAGCCCAAGUGGCGUAAAAUUGGGGUAGAUGGCCUACCUGUACCGAUAGGCUCUUCUGGACCUGUCCAAUCCCUCUCGACUGUGCGAAAACCCGGCCCUACGGGCAUUGCCUUCGUGUUGGAAACUUUGCUUUGGUGGAAAGACGGCAGUGACACGCGACUAUGGGAGAUGGCGGUGGAUGAUAUGCGCUCGUGCCUCGUGCCCAACGAAACUGAUCGUUGA